CUUCAGCCCGUCUUGAGAAAAACCUGACGUCAACCACAAGCAGUAAGCAGCAAAGCAAGCAAGCAAGCAGGUGCUUUCCUCUCUUUUUCGUGUGAAGUUUUCUCUCAGCCCAGCCUGCCUGCCAACAUCCGAUCACGACAACCUGGCCCCACAAGUUGAUGCGCGCUGUACAUCGUGUGACGUGACGACGUGCGAAGAAGCCCAAGCGCACACACGCUCGUGUGCAACCAACCGCCACUCCCCUGCUAGCUGAUCGGGAUUGCUGCUGCUGGAGAAAGGAACAAGCCAUUGUCAAGACACACACAUACAUCGUUGGCUGGCCGGUCGAUUGUUUGGUUUUGGGAGUUUGUCACCUUCUUCCUCCCGGCAAAUCGCGCGCGAUAUUCCUGUGCGUGCACAUCGACACGCGUACAAGCAGCACACCCUGACCGUGUGACGCGACAAAGACGUUUGCGUUUCCGGCUCUCGUCCGCUACCCCUCACCCCUACCCCUCCCUCAACACACACAUAUCACAUAUCACACAAUGUCGUCACACAAGACCAAGUCUGGGCCGUCGCUGGACCUGUAUGUGGCCGGGCGGUACCAGCUCAAGCGCAAGAUUGGCCACGGCUCCUUUGGCGACAUCUACCACGGUGUCAGCGCCGCCAGCGGCAAGAAUGUUGCUGUGAAGGUUGAGUCGCUCAAGACGCGGUACCCGCAGCUGUACUACGAGGCGAAACUGUACAAGAUUCUCGCAGGCGGCGUCGGCAUCCCGCUCAUGAAGUGGCACGGACAAGAAGGCGACUUUUACGUGAUGGUGAUGGAAUUGCUGGGCCCAAGCCUUGAGGACUGCUUUUCCUUCUGCGACCGCAAGUUUUCGCUGCGAACUGUUCUUCUCCUCGCCGAUCAGAUGCUUGACCGGUUGGCGUUUUUGCACUCGAAGCACUUUAUCCACCGCGACAUCAAACCAGACAACUUUCUGCUGGGCUCCGGGUCAAAGGGCAACAUGGUGUACAUCAUUGACUUUGGGCUUGCCAAGCGGUUCCGGGACCCGAAGACGUUUGAACACAUCCGCAUGCGCACGGACAAGCACCUGACGGGCACGGCGCGGUACGCGAGCAUCAACGCCCACGCCGGCAUUGAGCAGUCGCGACGUGACGACAUUGAGUCGCUCGGAUACGUCCUCAUGUACUUUCUCCGCGGGUCGCUGCCGUGGCAAGGGCUGAAGGCUGCGAACAAGAAGCAGAAGUACGAGAAGAUUAUGGAGAAGAAGAAGACGACGCCGCUUGAGGAGCUGUGUGCGCGCCAUCCGCCGGAGCUCCGCGUCUUCCUCGAGUACGCGCGACAGCUUGAGUUUGACGAGGGCCCAGACUACAACUACCUCAAGAAGCUCCUCAUCGGCGUGUACAACCGGGAGAAGUUUGAGAAGACCAUCUGCUUCGACUGGACCAAGCGGGCACGCAGCAUGAAGCAAAGCAAAUCGAAGAAGAAGGACAAGGAAAGCCACUAAGGAGUUGCUUGUGCAGCGUUCGUCACCGAACGGUGUGCAAUGCGUGCACGCGUGCGUGCGGGUUUUCACGCAUUGCGUUUGCGCAUGCACGUUCGCAUGUGGGCGCAUUCAUUCCCCUUGCCUCCUUCCAUCCCUAUUCCGUUGCUGUAGCUGCUGUUGCUUCUUCAAUCCCCUCCAACCCUUUUUUGAUCUUCUGCAAUCGUCGUUGGCUUUCCUCCUCUUCCUCUUCCUCUUCCUCCUUCAUCUCCACCAUCAUCGUCUUGGUCGUUGCAUACGCUUGUUCUUGGCUGCUGAGCUCCUCAUCUGUCUUCUCUGCUUUGCGGGUUCCUUUUCUCAUGUGACCGAUGUAAUUCGAUGUGCAUAACAGUUGUGUGUGUGUGUGUGUGUUGUGUCAAGUGAUGUCCCGUUGGCCCCCUCGCUUAUCCUGCUUCUCCGUGCCGUGCGCUGCGUGGCUGUGCGCCUCAGCGUUGCAUGUGCAUAUACAUGAGAACGUUUGUUUGUUUGUUUGUUGUGUGUCGUGAUGGCUUGUGUUCAUGUUUGUUUGGCUCUACCUCCCCCCCUUUGCUUGUCUUGUCUCUUGCCUCCUUUCUCUCGUCCUUUGCCCUUCCUCUCUCCCCCUCUCCUUGUACCUUUUGCUGUCGCCUUGUCUGUGUGCCCUGUAUCUUGAUGCCUGCCUGCCUGCCUCUGUCUGUGUCCGUCCGUGUUUUGUUUGUGUGCUGCCUUUGCUCGUUGCCGCGUGUUUCCCUCCUGCUAUUUAAUAUCGGCUGGUGCACAACACAAUCAACGAACAAACAACAAAACCCAG